CUGCCUUGGGGUGUGCGCGCUGCGCCGGACGGAGGGACGCGGCGCGCAGAGAGAGAGAGAGCAGAGCGCAAGAAGACACCACCACCAUCAUCAUCAUCGCCACCACCACCAACACCAACCACUAUCAUCAUGUCGUGGCUCAUGGCGAGACCCGUAGCCAAUGCCCGUCUCUGCGCACAUCGUUACGGCACCCACCACCGCGCCCGAUAGGCUAAAGAUGGCGAGAUUACAACGUGGGAUUAGCGCUUGAUGGGAUACCCCUAACGUUGAGACAGUACACUUUUUGUGCGCGCGUGUGCGUGCGCGUGUGGGUCGCAUUGUGUAACUAGUAACUAACGGCCGACAGAACGCGGCUGCCUGAGUGAGUCGUCUGUGCCGAGGGUGCUUUUUUCGUGUGUUCGCGUUAUUCUGCGCGCGUGCGUUUUGGGUUGGCAUCCCGUCCCCUCGUUCCAACGAGCGCAUCCCACCGCGCACGAAAGUGUCACAGAGGUUGCCGCGAUUUCGUCCGAAGAAGGAAUUGGCAUCGGCGGCGUCACGCAAUCAUCACCAGCAGCAGCAGCAAGCAGCAGCAGCAAUCAUCAUCAGCAGCGUGGGACGUCAACGACAUCGACAACCAUCGACGUCGUCGUCCCCGUCGUCAUCGUGAAUAUCCGCGCGACUUGGCAACUUGUCACAUGGCGGGCUCGGCUCGGGCCGGCGGCUCGGGAUUUGUCGCCGUCGUCGACUUGCGACCGAAGCCUUCGAAGUGGCUGCCGCUGGCGCUGCUGGCGGUGACGGGGUUGUGCACGGCAUGCUGGUGCGAGGAGCUGAGCUGCAGCCCGGGUCCCCUGGAGCUCAUGGUUUCUCCGAGCCAGGCGGCCGUGCUCGACUGCCACCUCACGGGCGAGAGCCUCGGCGCCACCCGUCCCAGCUCCGGCCGCACCGCCGUCGGCAACGUGACGUGGACUCACAACGGGGCCCCGCUGGCGGCCGACAGCCAGGCCGCGCUUGUCCUCCCCAACGGCUCGCUGGCCCUGCCGCCCGGGAACGAGGGCGUGGACGGCGGCAGCUACGCGUGCGAGAUGCUCACGCCAUACGGGACGCUGGUCAGCCGGCCGAUCCGCCUGCGUUACGCCGUGCUGAGCAAGUUCACCCAGCACCCGGUGCCACAGAAGGUGCCCGAGGGGAGCGUGGCGCGCCUGCAGUGCCGCAUCGAGGGCUCUCCGCCGCCCGUCAUCGCGUGGGAGAGGGACCACACGGCCCUGCCGCCCGACUCGCGGUUCACGGCGCUGCCCAACGGCGUGCUGCAGAUCGCGAAAGUGGAGCUCGCGGACGAGGGGUCCUACCGCUGCGUAGCCUCCAACUCGGCGAAGAAGCGCUACAGCCAGGACGCCGCCCUGGAAGUCAACUCAGGAGAGAAGAACGAGUCCCAGGACCCGGCGAUUGUGGUCCGGCCGCAGAACGUGACGGUGGUGGCCGGGCGCUCGGCCGUGCUGGAGUGCCUCGCGACGGGCACCCCCGACCCCAUCGUCUCCUGGAGCCGCCUCGACGGGAUGCCCAUCAGCCCAGACGCGGCGGUGCUCGGCCGCUUCAACCUGCUGUUUGUCCGCGUGCGCGCGGUCCACGCCGGCGCGUACGUCUGCCGCGUCAACAAGCUCGGCUCGCGGCAGUUCACCACCGCCACGGCGCAGCUCGCCGUGCUGGUGCCCCCCGCGAUCACGCAGCCCCCCGAGACGCUGAGCAAGGCUCGCGCCGGCACCGCACGCUUCAUCUGCAAGGUGGAGGGCGAGCCGCCGCCCGUCAUCCGCUGGCUCAAGAACGGGCGGCGCAUCCUCUCCAACGGGCGCGUGCGCAUCCAGAACAACCACAACCUCGUCAUCAACCAGCUGGCCGUCGAGGACGCCGGGCCCUACCAGUGCGUGGCCGAGAACGGGGUGGGUUCGGCGUGCGCCUCGGCUCGCCUCACCGUUACGAUCCGCGAGGGCCUGCCGGGCCCGCCGCGCAACCUGCGUGCGACGGUGCAGUCCAGCGUGGCGCUCGUCAUCGGCUGGGAGAGGCCCGAGCAGCACAGCGGAGAGAUCAUCGGAUUCUCCAUCCACUACCAGAAGGCCGUCGGCAUAAACAACGAGGAGUACCAGUUCGCGGUGAACAACGACACGGCCGAAUUCCUGCUGAAGGACUUGGAGCCCGACACCAACUACACCAUCUACAUGGUGGCCUACAGCCAGCGAGGCGCCAGCCAGACCUCGCAGCUACUCACCGUGAGCACGCCCGAGGACGUUCCGUCGGCGGCGCCGCAGCUCUCCCUGUCGAGCGCCGGCGGCACAGACAUCCGCGUCAGCUGGCUCCCCCUGGAGAGGGCAGAGAGCCGCGGCCGCGUGCUGGGCUACCGGGUCGAGUACUCGGCGCAGCGUGAGGACACGGUGCACGCGGUGGAGGUGCCGGGCGGGGAGACCCAGGUGACGCUGAGCGGCCUGCAGCCGAGCCGCGCCUACCGCGUGCGCAUCUCGGCCGCCACCGGCUCGGGGUCCGGCGAGCCAUCGCCGUGGACGCUGCACCGCACCACGCCGCACAGCAACCGCACCGCACAACCACCCGUCCUGCAGCUCACCGUGGAGUCCAACAGGACGGCUCUGCAGAUCUUCUGGCAUUCGCCCGCCAACCACUUCCAAAUCCGCGGGUACCAGCUGUACUGCCGACAAGCGCCAGCAGCCCAGGAGCUGGCGGAUGAGCUGGAGGACCCAGGCGAUGAGCCGCCGAUUGAUGGCACGGACUGGCUCAUUGGCCCCAUCUCGCUGCGCAGGAGAGCGACUCACUACACGAUCUCGGGCCUGAAGCCCGGCGUGCUGUACGAGGUGCGACUCGUGGUACACGCCAAACACGACAAUGCCCACGUGGUGACAUGGAGGGGCCGCACGCCCGACCCGCCCAGCCGCCCCCCUGCCAGCGACCCCGGCGUGCUGCCCGAGCUGCCCGAGCUGCCCUCGUCGCCGAUGCCGCCCACGCACCUGCUCGCCCAGGGCAACGGCUCGAGCGCCGUGCGGCUCUGGUGGCGCAAGCCGGCGUUCAGCAACGUGGAGAUCGUGGGCUACACGGUGCGCUACGCCCCCUCGCCCGCCCCCACCAACGCCUCGGCCUUCAGCUACAUCCCCUGUGCGGAGGAAGGGCUGCUCGUGCAAGGCCUCAAGCCCUUCACGCGGUACCAGUUCUCGGUGCAGUCGCACGGCCGCAACUCCAACGGGCGCUUCGGGGACACCGUGGAGGAGGCGACGCCGCCCGACCGGCCCGGCACGCCGCCCAUGGACGUGACACUGAGCGCCGUGGACAUGCGGUCGGUGCGCGUGGCCUGGGAGCCCCCGCUGGAGCCCAACGGGCCCGUGUCCGAGUACGUCCUCAUCUACAGCUCCAACGCAUCGCUCCCGCGCGAGAUGUGGACCGCCAUCCGCCGUGCCGGCGACGCGCUGAGCGCCGACAUCGUGGGUCUGGAGAGCGGGACCCUCUACUUCUUCAGCGUGGGAGCCAAGACGCCGGUGGGCCCGGGCCCCUUCUCCACCGCGCUGUCCGUUCACACCCUCGUCGAGCCACAGACAACAGGCCUGCCGUUGCUCCUUAACGUGCACUCCCUGACGGGCAUGCUGGUCGGCGUGUGCAUCGCCUUCGCCUGCGUCUCCCUGUGCGUCGCCGUCCUCCUGUGCCGAUCCAAACACGGGCGCGCCUCCCGUCCCGGCGACUGCUGCCUCCCCGGCGCGCCGGGCGACCCGACGGCCUCGGCGUCGGGAAACGGGCCCCAGAUGAGGAACGGCCGCCCCCUGGACUCGCACGAGCUGGAGACGCUCAUGUGCUGCCAGGAGGCGGCGGGGCCGGACGGCACGGCGCGCCCGGGCCGCGACGUCACCGACGCCGCCGCCACGACGGUGUCGUCGUACUCGCCGUCGCCCUCGGCCCGGGAUCCCGAGCGCCAGCAGCUGGUGCCCAACGGCACGGCCGUGUCCGCGCGCAACAAGGUGGGGAACGGCAGCACCAACCAUGCGGCCACCUGCGUCACGAGCUUCGCAGACGAAACGGCGACGUGCGACGUCUUCUUGAGUCCCAACAGCACGGCGCUCACCGACCUUAGCCUGGACUCCUCUACGGACGGGGAGGUCCUCUCCAACGGGGGUCAGACCAAUCAGUCGGACUCGGGCUCCUUCGCGGCGGCGGACGAGGGCGGCCCGGCGACGGACGCCGAGCCGGCCGCCAAGUCGCCCGCGUCGUCGAACAAGGGCCUCGCCGACUCGCCCGAGGAGCCGGCGCCGUCGCAACAGCAGCAGCAGCAGUCCCAUCUCAGGGGUGCGCCGUGCGACGGGGCCGAGGAGCCGGACGACGUAAACAAAGACGUGGAAGACCCCGCUGCCCCUUGUCAGUCGCCCCAUCGCGCCUCUUCUACCUCGCCGGCCGGGCAGCCGUGACCCACGCCGCGGCCGUGAACGCUGACGUUGUUGCAAAAAAAAACACAAACGAGAGCGUCCUGGAAACAGGAUCUUGCAAAGGGAUGUUUGGACGUUUCCGCCAAAAGGAGAGCGAGAGAAAAUGAAAAAGCAGAAAAGUUAAAGAAAGUUAAACAAACAUCCGCAUUUUUUAAACACGAAUGAAAAGGAUCUCAGGUUUGUGAUUCUUGAGUAACACGUACACUCUGCGAGUGCGAGCAGUCUGGGAACUUUUGUAUGAAGAGUACCGAACUGUGAAAAGGAAAACGCAAUCUAUGCUGCGGUUUCUCGACUGAAACCUACACGGACUCAAGUGUCGUCAGUUUGAAGCCUCUCACACUGCAUUCUAGUGCAAGGUCUCCCGGUUUCCAUUUUUGUUUUGUUGCUGUCGGUUUAAUGACAAACAAAUCAACUGAGGAUGAAACGGUGUAAUUUCUAACGUUUUUUUAUUCAUUAUUUUGUAUUCCGCUGCAUAAAAAAAGAAAGACUGGAAUGGUGCUCCAAUCUUAGGUCACGAAACGGCAGAAUAUAGGUGCUUUUUGUUAAUGUUUCGUUUCUAGAUUACUGAGAAGACAACACGACUACCUCAUUACCACACACAGUUCUGUCUUUUCGUUGACUUAAAAAUAACAACAUUCUGAUGUUUCACCGAACGAGCCCUCUCGUGUCCCUCUCGUGUCCUCGAGUCAACCAAAUGCGCCAAUCAGCUCCGUGUUUGUAAAACGGUUGGUGGAAACCGCCCGUCAUUCUGGGUAACCACGAUCGGCUUCCUGACUGCCGGUGCCACGGCUCGGUGGCGGGCUAAUCACUUUUUUGGUGACUGCAUUUUUUCGUAUUUUGUCGCUCUUAAUUUCAACGUUUGCCUCAAAGUGCCUUCGAAAAUUUAAACGAACGGAAUGAUGCAGAACAAAAUGGAAAUGUUUCGACAGAGUUUAGUUGCUGCUGGAAAAAAAAGAACGACAGCUUUGAAAGUUGGGUCCAAACGUGCUAAAUUGGUGUUUUGCCUCCUUGACGGGUCCUCGUGACACCAUCUUCUGCAGGUCUUUUCAUUCCUGGUUUAUUCCACGCAUGCUUUCCCCCGUAAAAUGUCACAGCACACGUGCCUGUGUUCAAGUAUCCGCAGUCUUGCCCCGUGUUUUUAAUGAGCUGUAAAUUUUCCAAAUAAUGUCGGCUGCUCAGCGACACCUGAUCUUCGCUUUGACGCAGCAGUCGAUAAUUAUUUUACAAACCGCCAAUUUAUAUGGUUCUUGAUGAUCGUUUCAGAAGGGGCUGCCCAAUGCUUUGGUGUAACGGUACAAAAAACACUCUUAAGGUGAGAUAUAGAAGCGGAUCUCCAUCACUAAAUCCUUCCCUCAAUGGGCCUCUUAAGCAGAAUGAACUAAGUCCCUUUAUUGGAACGUCUUGACUCGCCUGAACGAGAAACGAAAACUUGUUAAACCAGAUUUUUUUUUUAUAUUCCCCCCUGCCACACAUGAGGUGCUAAUAAUGCAUGUGGCACAGAUUCGGAAAAAUCUACAGCGGUGUCCGCUUAGGAAUUUUAAAAAGCAGUACAUUUCUAUGAAAAAAAAAACAGAUACAUUGUUGUGCAGAUACUUUUUUUCAUUUGCAUUUUUUUUGCAGACAGCUGUAAUUAAAUAACCCUCAUGUCCUGUAAAUUCCCACAAGGUGCUGUGGCGUAAUCACGAGAUUUCCAUCAUCGGCAUACGGUUGCCACCCACGGGGGUAUACAGACACCAAGAUGUAACCGUGGCAGGAAGAAACAUGUCUCAUAAUGCCGGAAGAGGGGAUGGACUACCGGUAAAAAAUGUUUCAUGAUUUUGGUGGUCGAUCAUGCUUCUUGAAAGACUUGCAAGUUUCCCGGGACAGCUGCCUCGAAAAGAGGAGUCCCUGGGAAAACCUGGACGGGUGGCAACCAUACCCGUGGGCAGGACUUGCAAACCGAGCGAGGGUCGUACCUACGGACUCGGUGGUCGCCUUGGCCGGCCCGAGGCUGCUGGGCUGGCGACCUCUCGAGUGCCAGAGGCACGAGGGGGCUUCUUCACCCACUGGACCGAGUCUCAGGGUCCACACAGAAUGAGGGGCGACGUGGGGUUUACGGGGGGGGGGGCAGGGGUGGGUGGGUGGGUUUCCCAGGGAAUAUAUUGGGACCCCCUGGGGGAGACAGGGGAGGGGUGUUGGGAGGGGAAACUUCAUAGCACUUAUUUUUGUGGAGCGGGAAGUUGAGGCAACAGUCUGAAAAGAAGAAAAUGUGCAGCGUAAAAGCGAACGCCAAGUUUAGAAACGAAAACAUACACGCAGCGCCCGGCCGGCAGGUUUGGGUAAUUACAACACGCAACAUUUGUAACUGUGACAUUUUCCUGCCAUGUUUUGUACAACAAUGCAGUUUUUACUAUUUUAGAUUGCUUGACGAAGUGUUUUUAUCGGUCAUUUUUCAUUGGAGCUGCACUGUAUAGUAUUUAAAUGAGAGCUGCGGGAUGGGUGCAGGAGGGGAUGAGGGAUAAAUAAUAUUCCUCUGGUUACGAACGAAAAAAAACAAACACAUGUGCAGCGUUUGCUGGAGAGUUUGGAGCCUUUUUUUGUACGAUGAACAUUUCUGGACAGAAUGUGUUUUUUUAUAUAUAUAUAUCUCGUGAUGGUUUUUUUUUGUAUUUCUACAUCCGAACCUCGUACGGACUCCCGUCACAGACUACACGGUGGCUGCGGCGACGAUGGCUCCGGCUUCCGUGCCAGCCAGCGCGCGCCCGCAAAGCGCCGCUUCGCGUUUCUUGGAAGUCCAUGCCACGUUUUUAUGCCCGUCCGUCACGUCAUGCCUUUGGAGUGCCCAUUCACCGCCGCUCUCCCCGCUCCGGGGGCAGGAGCCCAAGCUCAGGCAGCUGCGGGGACAUCGUUGGCGACAGCUCCUGGUCGAACGGGGCGCCACCACGCCCGGUGCCCAGGUGGCAGCCGACUGCAGUAGUCACCACAGCCCGAUGAUUGUACAGCGGACUGACCUCCAACCAAACGGCAAUUUGCCAACGCGCCUAAAAAAUAUAUAAAAUAAAAAAAUACCAAUGCAGCCUAGUUCUUUUUUUUAUACAUAGGCCAAAUAAACUGUAGAGCACUUAAUGCUUUAACUGCAUUAGCUGGGGAAUGGCUUAUUCGGAAUAAUGCUCCCGUUAAACUCUUAAAGGGGGCUUGAGCAAAAACUCGCACGGACUUCCAGGACAAUUUGGGACUUGGAAAGGAGACCCGAGUGGGCCCUCGACCUUCUCCCAGUGGUUCCUCUUGACUCUCCGCUGCAAAGAGCGCUGCUGGGGUUGUGUCCUGCAGCUUCGUGAUCCGCUAUGUCAGGCUGACGACGAUGUCGGUCUUCAGAGAGCCGAAGGUGGGGGCUGAGCGAGCCCUUCCCUUGCAGAUUUGCCGCUUAAAUUGAGAGCUACUGUCAGCGGAUCGACCCCGCGGCACCAAUUGAGUUAUUAAUCGCUACCCUUGAAGAAUUAUUGAUGCCAUAUGUACUUGAAUAUUUUUUUUGAUGAACACAUAAAUUGCUGACAAAAUUUUUUAGAUGCCUUACACUUGGUUAAUUCGUGACUCUUUUUUCAAUUGUGCACCAUGGUGAUUUUACUUUUACCGGCGUUACAAAAACACGCCAAUACCCAAAUCCGACGUGGCCGAUAUAGAAUUCGCGACAAGGAGCGUGGCGCGUUAGCUUUCAAACAUCAGUUAACGGAAUUAUAAAACCCCGCGACUUGAAUUCCAGUUUUUCCCUCGACAGAUCGGCCUUGUGCUGUGGCUUAUUGCAGAUGUGUAGGGUGGGUCUCGUGGGCUAAUUGCAGAUAUUCGACUUUUCCCUUGAAAUUUUUAAGGAGAGUCCAGAGAAAUCACUGGUGGGUUAUGCGUCGGCCUCAGACAAACAGCUGUUACCUCAGGUAAUUGUAUAAUUCAUUUUUGCCAUGAUGAAAUGUGUUAAGGUAUGCAAGGGCUUUUUUUGACACUAAAAAGCUGAUAUUUAUACACAAAAAAGUUUGCCAGUUGUACACACGAUCUACUCAUUCAGGGCAAAAAACAAAUGAAGUUUUUUUCUUUGUGUUACUCGUUGUAUAAAAAGGUAGCAGGGAUUUUCAACAAAUUGUGUUGUCAUAUACAUUUUUUAAAUACUGUUUUUUUUAAAGAGCCUUUUACAAAUGAACAGUUCGGUUUUUUGUGUUUCAUGUUAUGCAUCUCUGUUACCACUGUUACGUGACUCAGUGAUGUCCAAUCUGUAAUAUAUUUAUAUUUACAGUAGCGCGUAACGACAAGUAAUUAAGAUACUGUGAGAAUGUUAAAUGCAUGGUAGUAUGAAGAUGUUGAAGCUCAUGUAGAAGUCUUCAAGUGGACGCUGUAGGGCUGGUUGAACAUUGUGCGUGUUCGGAUAUUUCUGCCGGCAGUGAGAAAUUGUGUUACGCGUGCGCAGUUUUUUUAUUUCCAACGCGGCAGCUGCCAGGUCGGUCAGUCGCGGUGUUGCCAAACUCGGCGAUCUUGUCGCCAGAUCCAGCGAACUUUGGAGUUUCCGGAGCGACAAAAUUCCGUCAAAGCGGCAAAUCUGUUGACUUUCUGGGACGAAAACGCAGAUUUCAACAGCGAUUCCAUGCUUGUAUUAAGGAUCUGGUAUUAAUUCUAGAUUUGAAGCUUUCGUGACUGCAAGGAUUUAUAUUCUUAGGUUUUUUCGGUAAAGUCACGUAGGUAAAAAAAAUAAAAUAAAAAUUAAAGUAAAAUAAAAAUCAAAUAAAAAUCACGACAUUUCAGAGGCAACACAAGAUUCCGUCUUUUAAUUUAAUUUUUUUUUUUACCUACGUGACUUUACCGAAAAAACCUAAGAAUAUGAUCUGGUAUUAGUUUACUAUGUUGAAUACUUGGUAAAUUGCCUGUUGACGUGAUUCCAGGUGUGUAUUAAGGAUAAUCGGUUUUAAUACUUGGUCAACUAUCUGGCGACAUGUUUGACGACUUUAGAAGGUCUAUCUGGUGCACAUCUAGCGAUUCUUAGAAGUUCGUUUCGGCAACUUUCCACUUUAAGGAGUUGGCAACAUUAAUCGAUUGGACCACGAGGUCACGAGUUGUCAUCCUGCCAUGCAGAUACAGCCCAAAAAAAUCACGUGGGGCCUCACGACCCCCCAGUGGUCCACGGCUUGCACUCGCCAGAGUUUGCGUCGAAUGCAGCUGGGACAAGCUCUGAUAUUAACCGCAGCGAUUAUGCAGAUACAAUGGUAAUUAUAACGGAGCAUCCUUGCCAAUGAUCAUAUCUGACGGUAGACGAAGCUGAUAACGAUCAUGAUGAUAAUAAUGAUAAUGAUCCUUGGUCCGACUCGACACACGUGCGUGCGUUCGGGCGUAGUUGGCGAGAAAACGGUGCCAGGGCGAUCGUUUUGCGGCGGAUGGCUCUCCUGGCUGAAUUUCCAUUUGCUGUUUCUGCAGCAGCGGCGGCGGCGGCGGCGAUGACCUGUGCUGUCUUCGUGUCGCGGUCGCACAACGCCUCUCGCGCCGCACCAGGAACCUGUCGCGGGUUUUAAGAGGGAAAUAUCCGGCUGCUCGCGCGGGCAUUUAAACCCCUGUGAUGUCAUCAGCGGUUUGUAAAUGAAUUGUAACAAGUUUAUAACCUUUUUCUUCGUAACAUCAGCAGCAUAAUAUCCCGAGUGUCCGUCCCCCCGCCGCCCCGUGCGCGUGUACGGCGACGGGGAGUGUGCGUGCCUCCGGCGUGGACCCCGUCAAAGUCCCCCUGGCUCAUCUCAAGCAGAAUUCCCACCGUCUCUUUUAUUACUAUCGUUUGAUUAAAUUUCCCUUUUUGCAUUAUC